GGAGAAGGAGGAGGAUCGGGUGAAAGUGGAGCAAAAGGAAAGAGAAGGAACCGUCCCCUCGCACACUCAGAAGUAUGCGGGGCUCGUCCUUACAGACCUUACGUCAGUCGGGACUCUUUAACAGGCUGUCAACCGCGGUCCGGACACAGACAGAGGUAGAGGUGGUGGAGGAGAUGAAGAUGAUGACAGAAAGGGCACGAGGAGGAUGUAGCACACCUGCGGGGAGCUGCGUGGCGAGCGUUUAACGCGGGACUCAUUCCGGAUUCAAUGCAUUUGCACUUUCACACCAGUGAUGAGUUGGCUCCUGUUGUGGAUUCUCACUGCCGCCGGGAUUCAACAGGCCUACUCCCAGAAUUCCACUGCUAUGCCACCAACCACAGCAGUCACUACCCAAGUUGCCGACCUCUUCAACCGGACGCAGUACUGCAAGUGGCCCUGCGAGUGUCCUGAGGUCACCCCAGCCUGUCCGCCGGGCGUCAGCCUCCUCAUGGACGGCUGCGACUGUUGUAAGGCCUGCGCCCGGCAGGUGGGGGAGGUGUGCAACGAGGCUGACACCUGUGACUACCACAAGGGACUGUACUGUGACUACAGCUCGGACAAGCCUAGGUACGAAAAAGGAGUGUGUGCAUAUAUGGUGGGAACCGGCUGCGAGCAUGAUGGGGUGAUUUAUCGUAAUGGGCAGAGCUUCAGUCCCAGCUGUAAAUAUCAAUGUGUGUGUGUGAACGGUGCCAUCGGCUGUGUCCCUCUAUGCACAGAGUCCCAGCCUCCGCGGGUGUGGUGCCAAAGCCCGCGCAGGGUCAAAGUCCGAGGACAGUGUUGUGAGCAAUGGAUCUGUGAUGAAUCCAAAAGAGGACGUAAGACAGCGCCGCGGCACGCAGUAGAGGCUCCCCCAGCUGAAACCAGGAGCUGGCACAAGAACUGCAUUACCCAGACUACCUCAUGGAGCCCCUGUUCAAAGACUUGUGGCCGUGGUCUGUCCAUGAGGAUCUCUAACGCCAAUGACCAAUGUGAGCUCAUCAAAGAGUCUCGCCUCUGCAACCUACGGCCCUGUGAGGUUGACAUCACCAAACACAUUAAGCCCGGGAAAAAAUGUCUAAACAUCUACAGGGAAGAUCAGCCCUCAAACCUCACCAUCUCUGGCUGCACCAGCAAGAAGCAGUACCGGCCCAAAUACUGCGGCGUCUGCACCGAUGAGCGCUGUUGCAUCCCCUACAAGUCCAAAACCAUCGACGUAGACUUCGAGUGUCCUAACGGGUCUGGGUUCACCUGGAAGAUGUUGUGGGUCCAGGCCUGCUUCUGCAACCUCAGCUGCAAAAACCCCAACGACAUCUUUGCAGAGCUGGAGAGUUACUAUGGUUACCCAGAAGUCAUGAACUAACAGGUGUCAGUCAUGCUCUCUGCCUUCGGGAGCAUCCACACCAAACCUGACCUAUUUAUGCUUUGCAAUGUUUUGUAUUUGUGUUGUGUGUGUUGAAGUAUAAGGGAUUUUCUUAUUGUCUUUUUUUUUCCUAUUGGAAAAUGUGUAAAUAUACUAAAUUGCCAAAUAUUUUAAGAACUGUUUUGCACAUGGAAAAAAAUGUAAGAGUGUGAAAUAUUGAAGGCUUAACUUAUUUAUGGAGCUUUUUGAUUUGUAAUAAUACUUCUGCCAAACAUUGUCUGUCUUUAACUUACAGGUAGAUGAUCAUUCUUUCUGUAUAUAUGUUACUUUAAAUGUCAUCAUUUGUUCUUAUUUGUAUGUUUUCAAAGGAAGAAAUGGACCAAAAUGCAAAAGACAAAGCCUUAUUUUAUGCCCACGUGUUUAAAUAUGCAAUAAAGACACGAUGAGGGAAGAUCA